AACUCACACAUACCUCAAAAGACGCCUCGGGUGCAAAUCGGAGAAAGCAAAACAAAUAUUCUGGCUUCACUUGAACCAGGACGACGACCUCAACUCAGCUGGGAAGAUGGUAGCCUGCUACGUGGUUCCCUACCCAAAGCCGCCCAGUACUAUACACCUCGCAUGACGCUGUGCUAUGUGCUUCACGCCUCCAGCCUCUCCCAAGUUCUCACCUCUGAGUCCGACGCCUCGACGGCAGACAGUGAGUCCGACGCCGCGCCGCGCCUCGCCUCGUCUCCGACGCCAAAGCUCACAGGAUUGUUUGAUAUUUCUGAUGUGCCCGAGUUUAUUGGGAAGGAAAUUGUUCAGUGCAUUAAUAUGGCCAAGGAUGGUAUACUUGCUGUUCUUGUUGUCCUAUCUAAAUACUUUGGUGGCAAAAUUAGUGAUGAUAUGGUGUGGUCUUCACUGGCGGUGAUGACCUGGAAGAAAACAAUGAAACUAGUGCUUAGAAGUUUCUUGAACGCGUACUUAGAAGUUCAAUUUUGGAUUUGGUGCACGGGCACAGCAAAUCUGAUUCACAGCAAAGGCAGAGCCCUCAUUCCCCCAAUUUCGAUUCUCAUCAGUGUUUGCCCUAAAAAUCAAAUUGCAGCUGCUUCUUUUGAGGAGAACACAUGCCCAAGUACAGAGACGAGCCUCCUGCGGUUCGCGUUUACACAGUUUGCGAUGAGUCCAACUUAUUUGAUUCUUUAUUUAUGCUGCAGAUACCUAAUUGUGAGGAAUGUUCCCUCACUGGGUUGUGCCGAUGAGCUCUUGAAGCUUUUCUCCACUUAUGGCAAAGUUGACGAAUGUAAGCCGAUGGAUGCUGAGGACUGUGAGGCGUACACUGAUGUUUACUGGAUCAAGUUCCAUCAGGUCAACAAUUCCAGAUUUGCCAAAAGGAAGUUAGACGAGUCUGUUUUUCUAGGAAACAGAUUAAAAGUGUCAUAUGCGCCUGAAUAUGAGAGCUUAUCCGAUACAAAAGAGAAGCUAGAAGGGCGGAGGAAGGAAGUUGUAGCACGACUAAACUCUAAAAGAUAUAAAGGAGGUCCUUCAGAUUACACUCCUUCAGUUUCCACUCAUUUGCCCAAGGAUGCAUUUCCACCAUCGCGUUCCUUAGUUUCAAGGCAGUCGAGUGAGUUACAAGCUGCUGCAAGUGGACAUACAUCCUCUGACCUAUCUGCUUCCUCUCAUAAGGAAUAUUUCCCCUCCGAGUCUAUGAAUCAAACGGUUCAUUUGGUGAGAGAGAAACUGAAUAAGGUGAAGAUAUACAAUCAAGUUCAGAUCACACAGAAGCUGGUUCUUCCAAAAGGACGCGCGUCGACAAUAGAAGAAGAAUUUAAGUUGGUCAUAAAAAACGACCACAUUGAGAUGCAGUUCAGUGUGCCGUUAAGUCCACGAACAAGAUUCCCCAACACCCGACCUAUUCAAGAAAAUGACAGUGGUUGCUUAGAUUUGUUUUGCUUCCUAAUUACCUUUCUGUGUUAUGGUUUUGUUGCAAUUAUUCCCUUUUAUGGUAAGAGGAUUUUUCCGGUCAUUGUUGUCUUUGCGAGUGAUAUAUGACAUGACCAGCAAGUAGUGGAUUUUCAUGUUGGCAUUUGAUACAAACUGUAAAUAUUUCAGCAUCCCGUUUCUUGAUAGAGGGAUGCGAAACUUCAGUUAUUUUCUUAGUCGAUGCAUUAUGAGCAAAGAAUGUAUUAAUCUUUGUCAUGCCAAACAUGAACAUGCCAGGAUAAUAUCAUUGAGCCUAAAAUUCAAG